AUGUCGCCCUAUAUUCAAGGUGACAGUUCUUCUAGCACUAGUGGAGCAUCGACCCCUCCUGCCCUGGUCCAAGUCGAUGAUGCCUCAAAGUGCGAACCGAUUGCCAUCAUUGGCAUGGGUUGUCGUCUUCCAGGUGGCAUUGCCUCGCCCCAAGAUCUCUGGAACUUCCUGGUCGAAGGGCGCUCCGGUCAGUGUGACGUUCCGCCGUUAAGGUGGAACAUUGAUGGCUUCUACCACCCCAACAGCAACCGACCUGGAAGCAUGAACACAAAAGGUGGAUACUUCAUUCAAGAGGACAUUCGCCAGUUCGACAAUGGUUUCUUUGGCAUCAACAAUCUGGAAGCAACAUUCAUGGAUCCUCAGCAGCGUAAGCUACUAGAGGUCUGCUAUGAAUGCUUUGAGAGCGCCGGCGCUACACUGGAGGACAUCUCCGCAGCUAACAUUGGAUGCUACGUUGGCAAUUUCACUAUUGAUUAUAUUACCAUGCAGGCGAAGGAGGCCGACUACUUCCAUCGCUAUAAUGCUACUGGUAUGGGAACGACCAUUCUGGCCAACCGAAUUAGUCAUGUCUUCAACCUCACGGGACCCAGUGUGGUCCUUGAUACAGCUUGCUCUUCCUCUCUGUAUGCUGUUCAUAUGGCCUGUGCCGCUAUUGACGCAGGUGAAUGCGACGCGGCUAUCGCAGCUGGUGCAAAUUUGGUCCAAGCGCCGGAGCAGCACCUUGGCACGAUGAAGGCAGGUGUCCUUUCCGGCACGUCAACAUGUCACACAUUCGACGCUUCAGCAGAUGGAUAUGGGCGUGCCGAUGGAAUCGGUGCUGUUUACCUCAAGAAGCUAAGCAAGGCGCUUGAAGACAAUGACCCUAUUCGAGGCAUCAUUCGUGGAUCAGCGGUCAAUGCCAACGGAAAGACCAACGGAAUCACCCUCCCCAGCUCUGACGGGCAAGAGGCUGUUAUUCGCAAGGCCUACGCGAAGGCCGGUCUGGAAUACAAAUACAACGAAACAAGUUACGUCGAGUGCCACGGAACCGGAACCGCCGUGGGAGACCCUAUCGAAUUGGAAGCCGUGUCUCGAGUGUUCAAGAAGCGGCCAGCUCAAGCUCCUCUGCACGUUGGCUCUGUCAAGACAAACCUCGGCCAUUCCGAGGCUGCGUCGGGAUUCUCUAGCAUUUUCAAAGUCGCAAUGGCGCUCGAGAAGGGCGUUAUCCCACCCACUAUCGGCGUCAAGAAGAUCAAUCCCAAGAUCAAGGCUCAGGAGUGGGGGGUCAAGAUCGUCACAGAAUCGACCGAAUGGCCAGCUGAGAACCUGUCCCUUGAGAAACCAACUCGUCGGGCCGGUGUUAACUCUUUUGGAUACGGUGGUGCAAACAGUCAUGCCAUCUUGGAAGCCGUUGACAAUUUUAUUCCACUACGCAAGGGGCCCUCCUCCGAAGCCCUGUCGAAGAUGAAGUCAACCUUCAUUCUUCCAGUUUCAGCUAAUUCGGUCGCAUCUCUUGAGGGUCAAUUGAGCAAUCUGUCCUCGCUAGAUCUUGACAGUGCAAACGUUGUUGAUUUGGCUUACACCCUCGGUGUUCGUCGGUCCAAUCUUUCAUGCAGAGCCUUCACGCUUGCUGGACAAAGUACUCUCCGGGAGAACCUGCGCUCGGAGAGUUUUGUCCUCCCCAUUGAGGGAGCAAGCUACACCAAGCUUCCUUUCGCUUUUGUCUUCACGGGUCAAGGCGCCCAGUGGGCUCAGAUGGGUAAAGAGCUCAUCGAAGAAGUCCCUUCGUUCCGUAAGAGCUUGGUUGAACUGGACAAUGCUCUGCAAAGGCUUCCUCACGCUCCAAACUGGACCCUAAGACAAGCUCUCUUGGACCCGAAGGAGACAUCUCAGAUCAACCAUGUCACUCGGUCUCAGCCUGUUUGUACAGCAAUUCAGAUUGCGUUUAUUCAACUCUUGCGUAAGUGGGGUGUUGAGCCAGAGGCUGUUAUUGGACACUCGUCAGGUGAGAUUGCCGCAGCAUAUGCUGCUGGGCUUCUCAGUGCAACAGACGCAAUUAUCAUAGCCUACUACCGUGGUUAUGUGGUUGGACAUUCUCAACUUCCAACCAAGGGAGGCAUGGUGGCUGCGGGUAUCGGGAAGGAUCAGGCGCAGAUUGAGAUUGACAGCUUGGAUUUGUCGGAUGCGGUCAAAGUCGCCUGCAUCAAUUCUCCAGAGAACGUCACUAUCAGUGGAGAUGCCGAUGGAAUCGACAAGAUUGUAGCUCAUUUACAAGGGAAGGGCAUUUUCGCCCGCAAGCUCAACACCAAUGAUCGUGCCUACCACUCUCAUCACAUGGUCCUACUCGGUCAACAGUACGAAGAUAUGCUUGUCGACAAUCUGCCGCCUCCCCCGCCCUUUCGGCUGGAGAACAAAGUCCGAUGGAUCUCCUCUGUGACUGGCCAGGAGGUGACUGGAAAGGUCCAGCCUUCAUAUUGGAGAGCUAACCUCGAGUCGCCUGUCCGGUUCAGUGAUGCGGUUGAGGGUCUCAUCAAGGGAACCAAAUACCACCUGAUUGAACUCGGCCCCCAUUCAGCUCUGGAGCUACCCAUCAAGCAGACCAUGACCAAGUUGAACAUUAAACCUGGAAACUAUAACUACUCGGCCGCUCUCACCAGAAACAAGAAUGCCGUCACUUGUUUGUUGAAUACAGUUGGUAACCUUUACUUGCAUGGCCAUGCAAUUGACUUUGCCCAAGUCAAUUAUGUGGAGACCUCUACAACUUCUUCAGCGCGGAAUACUUCCAAGUAUCCCGUGCACAAACAGGGCAAGGUCAUUAAAGACCUACCGCCGUACGCCUGGACAUAUGACACUCUUCUAUGGAGUGAGGGCCGUGCGAGUACUGAGUACCGUGAGCGUAAGUACCUGCACCAUGACCUUCUCGGCUCGCAGAAACCGGGAGGCAAUGGACUCCUCACAACGUGGAGGAAUGUCCUCAAAGCUGAAGACAACCCUUGGCUUCUUGACCACAAACUGGAGGACACUGUUGUCUUUCCAGGAGCGGGCUACAUUGCAAUGGGUAUUGAGGCUAUCUGCCAAGUCACGGGAAGGAAGUCUUCGGAUCCUGGAUCGAUCGCUCUACGACAGUUCCAAAUUCUCAAGGCCCUGCCACUCUCUGCAGACUCAAAUGCCCCAGGCGUCGAGAUCUUCACUCAGAUACAUCCGAUGGCUAUCUCUGCUUCGUCAAACUCCAAGACAUGGUGGGAGUUCGAGAUCACCAGCUACAAGGAUGGCAUCACUACCACUCACGCAACCGGUAAACUCAGCGUUACCGACACGCCGGAGUUGGCCAAGCCCAGUCUUCUCCCGGAAAACAUCGAUCUUGAGGCUCUUGCCAUUCGGAACUGGUACGGACAGUUCACCAAGGUUGGACUAAGCUACGGUCCCCAAUUUGCGGCUCUCGAAGAGAUUCAAAGUCCGAGGGCCAGGGUUGGCAAACAUUGUCGCGCAAAGACCCAGCUUUUGCAGGGUGGUGGAGAGGGGAAGGAGACUCAAUCGACAUAUUUGGUUCACCCCAUCACCAUUGAUGUAAUGCUGCAAGCCGGCAUCAUCGCCAGCACGGGGGGCAUUAUCAGAAACCUUCGAGCUAAUGUCCCGGUAUCCAUUGAAGAGGCUUACUUCCAAGCUCCUUCGACUCCACCAAAGGAUUCUGUCUAUAUCGAUGCGGAGACGGAUAGAAUUGGCUUUGCUGCAUACAUGAUCAACACUUGUCUCUAUGAUAACAACGACCGACCUUGCGUUGUAUUGAAGAAUGUUCGGGUGACUGGCUACCAAGGAGCCGCGCAGGUGACCGAUGAACUGGAGCGGGAGCCAAUGCUUCGACUCCUAUGGAAGCCCGAUGUAACCACUCUGUCCAGCGAUGGGCUAGCCCAGUAUCUCUCUUCUUACAAACAGACUGGCGUUGACCAAUUUGCCGCCAUGGUCGACAUUAUCUCCCACAAGAAUCCCAGACUGCAGAUUCUGGAUGCCACCAACUCGGACGACCUUGCAGCAAAAUUCUUGGAUGUUCUUCGAGUGGAUAACGCAUUCAAAAGAUUCCGGUCGUACGCCAGGGGCCAUUUUUCCGAAGAAGGCGAGCUUUCUUUGGAGAUCGUGGACGGCAAGCAGCCCCUCGGUGAAGGCAAGCAGGUCAAGUCAAGUGGACAAGAGAUAUACGACCUUGUGAUUGCGGGAGGCACUCUUACUGACACGCAAUAUUCCCAUCUGGUGGAACUUGUGGCGUCCAGUGGCGUUAUCCUGAAGCUGGCUUCCAACGUGUCCGAGCCCUUGCAUGGGUUUGUGACUGUCAGUACGACCACAGCUACUGGAGAGAAGCUGGAGAUGUCUAGGUUGCUCUCUGAUCAAAAAGGGGAACUUGGCUCACACGGCAUUCUGAUCGUUGAAGAGACAGCGCAAGAGCCAUUCAACGAUGCGCUAGCUCAGUAUCUCUCGCGCGAGGUCGGCUGGGUGGUGAAGCGCGUUCUCCUCCAAGACCUGACCGCCAGCAUGAUUACGCCCAAGACUCUUGUUAUCUCUACCAUUGAAUUAACUCGGCCGGUUCUCUCAACCCUGACUGGAGAAGAGAUGCAAUAUGUCAAGCUUGUCACGGACAACGCCCUCAGUCUUCUGUGGCUUACUGGUGGCGACAAUAUGGAAGGAACACGCCCAGACUUUGCACUGAUGUCGGGACUCUCCAGAGCGCUCAUGUUGGAACAACCCUCGCUGCAGAUUACAAUGCUCGACCUUGAUGUUGUGGAGCCAUCACUGCAGACAUUGCAAAACAUAUCCACCGUUCUGCGUGGAUCUGUCGAAUCAAGCAGCCCAGAUUUCGAGUACGUCCAGAGAAACGGUCUUCUCCACAUCAGCCGAAUGCUGCCAGAGGAGGAGAUGAACCGGGCUUUUCGCGACAAGCAGGGCCAAGUGCCGGCGCUUAUCCCCUUGGGCGAGGCUAUGCCAGCUCGCUUGACCAUUGGAACCGUUGGUCAGUUUGACACACUUGCAUUUAGCCGCGAGGCACCAGACUUUUCGCCUCUGAAGCCAGGUACUGUCGAAAUCGAAGUGAAGUCUGUCGGAUUGAACGCCAAGGACUUCUAUGCCCUUGCUGGGAAGGUUAACACGAAAGAAGCCGUGUGUAAAUUAGAGUGCAGUGGUAUCGUGACCCGGGUGGCUGACAGCGGCAUUGAGCGACUGGCGGUUGGUGACCGCGUCGUCGCAAUGGGACCAGGUCACUUUUUGACGCAUGAGCGGUUCGCAGAAUGGGCGUGUCAAAAAUUGCAAGAUGACGAAGAACUCCACGUCAUGACCACACUUCCCUUGGUCUUCUCCACUGCUAUCUAUGCUCUGCAUCAUCGCGCCCAUAUCAAGGAGGGAGAAUCUGUGCUGAUCCACUCGGCAGCGGGUGGUCUGGGCAAUGCUGCCAUUCAGAUUGCCCAGCUGGCUAAUGCGGAAAUUUACGCGACUGUCAGCACUGAGGAGAAGAAAGACUAUCUCGUAAAGACAUUCAAUCUGAAGCGGGAACACAUCUUCCAUUCUCGCGACUCCUCAUUCCAACAGGCCAUUCUCGCAGCCACUGGAGGCAGGGGUGUGGACAUCGUACUCAACUCUCUCACUGGUGAUCUUCUUCAUGACAGUUGGAGGGUCUGUGCUCCGUGGGGUCGGUUCAUUGAGGUUGGAAAGCAGGACAUCGUCGAUGCAGGAAAGUUGGACAUGGAGAUGUUCCGCCGCAAUGUCACCUUCUCUGCCUUCGAUCUCAGUGAGCUUUCCGACGAGAAUCAGCCAAAGCUGAACCGGAUCGCUGCAAGCCUGCUCGCCGAGACUCUGUCCCUCUAUCGGCAGAAGAAGAUCAAAGCCAUCGAGCCGUUGAAGGUCUUUGAUGUCUCCGAGAUCACGCAGGCGUACCGUUUCUUUGGACUGGGCAACCGCAUUGGCAAAAUUGCUAUUUCUCUGGAGAACGCGAACUCGCUGAUCCCGACUCUACCCACAAAACAUGAUGCGACAUUCAGUGCAAACAAGACCUUUCUUAUGAUCGGUUGUCUUGGUGGGCUAGGUCGCAGUAUCUCAAAAUGGAUGGUUAAGCGUGGCGCCAGAAAAUUCGUCUUCGUCGGUCGAACUGGAACCGACCGAAAGGCCGCCCGACAACUCGUAGAAGAUUUGGAGGCAGAAGGGGCAUACGUCUCAGUUGUUCGUGGAGAUGUCAGCAUCUUGGCUGACGUUCAGGCAGCUGUCGCUGCUAUCAAGGGACCUGUCGGGGGUGUAAUUCAAGCCGCAAUGGGACUCAACGUUGGUCAUCCCGUUUGCCUUUCUGUCUUCAAGAAUACUAACUCCUCACAGGAAGCGCUAUGGACUACGAUGCCUGUGGAAUACUGGCACACGGGAAUCGACCCCAAGCUCAUCGGCUCGUGGAACCUCUACAAUGCUCUUCAGGGUAGAACAGAUGACCUUGACUUCUUCUUGAUGACCAGCUCCGUGUCCGGCAGUGUUGGAACAGCCACGGAGGGCAACUACUGCGCAGCCAACUACUUCCUGGAUGUCUUUGCUCGUUUCCUGCGAAGCAAGGGUCUACCUGGCAUCUCGAUUGGCCUGGGCAUGAUUUCGGAGGUAGGAUAUCUGCAUGAGAAUCCAGAGAUCGAAGCCCUUCUCCUACGAAAGGGUAUCCAGGCCAUUAACGAGGACGAGUUGCUGCAAAUCAUUGACAUCGCCCUCUGUAGCAAGAACAGCACACCGUACGAUACUAUGGCAUCCUGCCAUGUGCUGACUGGUCUGGAGCCUUUGGGUCUUAAGCUUCUUCAGAAGGCUGGCUUCAGCGGUACCAACCCGACUCUAAACGAUCCCCGCGCCAGUGUUCUUGCUUCUGUUCUCGACAGUGACAGCGAUAAGGAUCUGAAGAAUGGAUCCGGCAUGCCGGCUGAGCUGGCCGCUGCCCUGGAGAAUGGCCAUGAAGGACAGUCUGUUUCUGAGGCUAUCGUCCACCUUAUCGUGAAGCGCUUUUCCAAUCUCGUUCUCCAACAGGCUGACAAGAUUGACCCUUCCAAGGCCUUGUCUAAGUUCGGAAUGGACAGUAUGCUGGCAGCAGAAUUCCGGACCUGGUUCUACCAGGCUUUCAAGGUUGAUGUUCCUUUCCUUACCCUGUUAUCGGACGAAACUACUCUCAACUCACUGGGCAAUCUUGUCCAUGUAGCUAUUACCGAGAGUCCGAAUUAG